AUAUAUGUUUGAUUCGAGUGUUUGAUUGAGUGUUGCAUUCGAUUAGCGCUUGAAUUACAAGUGUUUUGUUUAACCAAUAAAUUGACCGCCAAUUUGACCAAACAUUUGACCACCGAUUUCAUCAAACAUUGUUUGUCCUAUUGAUCACUACAAACACUGACACAAAGUCAGACAACUGUCCACACAAACAAUGGAAGACCCAGUUGUUAACGAACCGCAAGUGGAGUCCACGGCUGGCGAUUCGGGUGUCGUUACUGACGAUCACUCGAAGUCCGAUGCGAUUGCCGAUCAUUCAACCGAUGCGGACAAUAUUACCGAUGCAAUCGACACUACGACUAACAAUGAUUCGGUUGCGGAUAAUGAGACGGCCAGUGCCGACAUCGAAAUGAGUGAGACGAAUGAGGCGCCAAAAACUGCGGCAGAAGACGCCGAACCAACAGUGGCCGCACCGGUCGAUGAAAGCGGUGGCGAAGAGCCRAUUGCAGAGCCCGUACCUGAUGUGAAGUCACCGGCAGAGAUAGAAAAGUCUGCAUCGCCCGCACCGGCUAUACAAUCGUCAACACCGCCGCGUAAUCAGACAAAGAAACCUAAGGUUGACUUGGCUUCAGUACCGGUGCGCCAGUAUUUGGACACAACUGUUGUCCCGAUUCUGCUUCAGGGACUGUCGAGUCUGGCCAGAGAGCGACCGCAAAAACCCAUCGCAUAUUUGGCGCAAUUUUUAAUGGAUAAGGCGUCUGAAUAUGACGAGUGAUGUCAAACAAUUGACAUUCACUGCUAUUAUCACAUAAAUUGUCUUUUAUUUCAAUUAAUUUCAAAAAAGUCAUGUUUUAAUU